AACAGUUUCUGCUUUAUUUUCUUAUCAUUCGCAUCACGUGUAUGUGUUCUGUUCUAUAGCCCACCCAAGAUGCCCACGAUUCCAUUACAAGAAUGGACAGGGGAAUGUCUAUGCCUAAUAUGUUGGAAUAUAAAGUGUACCCAUAUGAAAUGCUCACUGUCGCCAACAGAGGGCGUACUAAGCUCCCGAAGGAUGUGGACAGGUCGAGACUGGAGCGCCACUUGGCUCCCGAGACAUUCUUUGACAUUUUUGGGAUGGAGAUCCACGAGUUUGACAGACUUCCUCUUUGGAAGCGCAACGACAUGAAGAAGAAAGCGAAGCUCUUCUAGCUAGCAGAUUGUGCAUGUUUUAAUUUAUCAGUCACUCAUCUGAUGUAUUAGAGCUAUUAGUCUGAUUUACUUUUCCUUUAUUGUUAUUAUUAUUGUUUGCAUCCAAUUACAAGCACAAAAAAGUUUUAUUUUGCUUCAAAAAGACCACUUUUUAUUUUCCCAAAUAGAUAUCUUUAUCUUUAAAAUGAGUGAGUGUUUGAAUAUGAACAAAAUGAGGUGCGCGUGACCCCUAGAUCCGAACUCAGGAGCGAGGGGAGCUGAUGGUGUGCCUGUGCUCAUUAAACCUGCCUCCAGGAGCAGAGAGAUUUAUCCUCCUCCCUCCUGCCCCUCUUGUAAAACAGGACUAUAAUUUUUUAGAUGGGGAACCGGGGCUGUCAGCAGGGAUCGCCCUCUAAACAGGCCGUUAAGGUGGUGUAGUUGUUGGGAUCCCUGGAGCCCCCCUGCUGCUGAGGACCUAACGAGACCUUUGAAGUGCAUUAAAAGCGGGAAAUGAGAGCUACUGAAGAUCCUCCACCUGCGGAGCCGAGGUUCUGGAAAGCAUUAGAAACUGAAAUCUGCGUCCUCUCCCACCAGAACUCUGCCGCCUCGUCACAAUCCUAAAAAAAAAAAAAAACAUCCUACAUGUAAUUGUAGCAAGCAUGUUCUCACCUUAGCCAAAGCCCAAACAGCACUCAAGAUAGACAAGUUCUUUAUCAAAAACAUUUUUGAUAGUAAGAAGAGGAGGUAGUGUUUGUUAUUAUUAUUACUUAUAAAUUAAAAAUGUCAAUAACUUUAUAAAAAAAAUAUUAUUAAAUUUUACCACUAGAGGUCAGGCGUGGGAGGAUAACAGACAUCGGCCCGCUCUGAAACGGCCUCAGACAAUCCGUUUGUUUUGACUUCCGGUUUUUCUGCAAUAUUUAACCAUAUUUUAUUUUUAAUAAAGCAAGAACAGCCUUUGAAAUGACUGCCUCGGAGGUGUUUCAAUACUGCCACUGUGUUGACUUGGGAUUGUCGGAGCUGUAGCCAUAGCAUUUGUGCCAGGUGUAGACUCGAUAUCAGGGCCGUAUCUCGUUGUCGUUAUUGCUGCCGAAUAAUGCUGUUCCCAUAGACACUGCUUGCAGAUGGAUUAUGGGCCGCCGUUGGCUAUUAUUCAAAAGCAGUUUCCUGUGUUACUAGCAGGGUUAAUGACAGAGAACUAGGACAUAUUACAGCAUUGUGCUUUUAUAGUAGGCCUAUUACAAAACAUACGACUAUAACAAGUGUGAUUACUAUAAACAGACCUGUAUGUCACUUUAAAACAGAAUGAGUUGGUUUUGAUACCCCCCACUGUGUACCUCGCCCUUUUUCUGUCUUUUUUGAGGGAAAGAUUUGAUGAAAAUGGUGUAAGCUCUGCUGAGUAAUAAAACUCUGCUUCAGAUCA